AUGCCUGGCCACCUUGUGAAGAGCACCGGGCCCGACCCCGACCCCAGCGAAUGGCUGUACGUUUCGGCCGAGCAGCGAAUGCUCGACCAGACCAAGCCGUAUGACCCAAAGAAGUCAUGCUGGGUCCCUGACGAUAAGGAGGGCUUCCUUGAGGGUCUCAUCCAGGGAACUAAGGGGGAUUCGAUGGUCAGCGUCCAGCUGAAGAGUGGAGAGGUGAAGAACUACAAGAAGGACGUUGUGGGACAGGUCAACCCACCCAAGUAUGAGAAGGCUGAUGAUAUGUCCAACUUGACCUACCUUAACGAUGCUUCCGUCCUGUACAAUUUAAAGACCCGUUACCAGGCCAAGCUCAUCUACACCUACUCUGGCCUCUUCUGCAUCGCCGUCAACCCCUACAAGCGCUUCCCCAUCUACACCAACCGCACCGUCAAGAUCUACCAGGGCAAGAGGCGUAAUGAGGUGCCUCCCCAUCUCUUCGCCAUCUCCGACGGCGCCUACAUGGACAUGUUGCAGUCCGGAACUAACCAGUCUAUGCUUAUUACUGGAGAGUCUGGUGCUGGCAAGACUGAGAACACGAAGAAGGUGCUGUCCUACUUCGCCAACGUCGGCGCCACCACCAAGAAGAAGGAUGAUGAGAACAAACCGAACUUGGAGGACCAGAUCGUGCAGACCAAUCCUCCUCUUGAAGCUUACGGUAACGCCAAGACCACCCGUAACGACAACUCCUCUCGUUUCGGUAAGUUCAUCCGUAUUCACUUCGCCCCCAAUGGCAAACUGUCCGGUGCUGACAUCGAGGUGUACCUGCUGGAGAAGGCUCGUGUCAUCUCCCAGCAGGCUGCUGAGCGAGGCUACCACAUCUUCUACCAGAUGAUGUCCGAUCAAGUCCCUUACAUGAAGAAAAUAUGUUGUCUUACUGACGACAUCUACGACUACAACUACGUAGCUCAGGGCAAGGUCACUGUGCCUUCCAUUGACGACAAGGAAGACAUGGAGUUCACACACAACGCUUUCUCCAUUCUGAACUUCACUGACCAAGAGCGCGAUGACGCCUACAGGCUCACUGCUUCCGUCAUGCACAUGGGCAACCUCAAGUUCAAGCAGAGGGGCCGAGAGGAGCAGGCCGAACCCGACGGUACUGAGGCUGGUGAUACUCUUGGUGAGGUUUUUGGCGUCGACAGUGCUGAGCUGUACAAGAACCUGUGCAAGCCCAAGAUCAAGGUCGGCGCUGAGUUCGUCACCCAGGGAAGAAACGUUAACCAGGUUAACUACUCCGUUGGUGCUCUGGCAAAGGCCCUGUUCGACCGUCUCUUCAAGUGGAUCGUGAAGAAGUGUAACCAGACCCUCGAGACCGGCAUGAAGCGUGCCAUGUUCAUCGGCGUGCUUGAUAUUGCUGGUUUUGAGAUCUUUGACUACAACGGCUUCGAGCAGAUUUGCAUCAACUUCUGUAAUGAGAAGUUGCAGCAGUUCUUCAACCAUCACAUGUUUGUGCUGGAGCAGGAGGAAUAUAAGUCAGAAGGAAUUAACUGGCAGUUCGUCGACUUCGGUAUGGAUCUGCAAGCCUGUAUUGAGCUCUUCGAGAAGAAACUCGGUCUCCUCGCCAUUCUCGAGGAGGAAUCCAUGUUCCCUAAGGCUACUGACAAGACCUUUGAGGAGAAGCUGAAGGCCAACCAUCUGGGCAAGUCUCCCUGCCUCAUCAAGCCGAAGCCUCCCAAGCCAGGCCAGGCUGAGGGUCACUUCGCCAUCGUCCACUACGCCGGCACUGUGACUUACAACCUGAGUGGCUGGCUGGAGAAGAACAAGGACCCCCUCAACGACACCGUCGUCGACCAGCUCAAGAAGGCUUCCAAUCAGUUGCUCGUAUUGUGCUUUGCUGACCAUCCUGGCCAGUCUGGUGACGCUGGUGGUGGAAAGGGCAAGGGAGGCAAGGGUGGCAAGAAGGGGUCUACUGGCUUCAAGACUGUGUCCUCUGGGUAUAGGGACCAACUGAACAGCCUCAUGACGACUCUGCACUCCACUCAUCCCCACUUCAUCCGUUGCAUUGUGCCCAACGAGACAAAGACGCCAGGCGCUGUUCAGGCUGGUCUUAUCAUGCACCAGCUGACCUGCAACGGUGUGCUCGAGGGCAUCCGUAUCUGCCGCAAGGGCUUCCCCAACAGGAUGCCUUACCAGGACUUCAAGCACCGCUACAAGAUCCUCGCCCCAGAAAUCAUGAUCAGUGAGAAGGACGACAAGAAAGCAGCAGAGAAGACGUUCGAGAAGUCUGGACUUGACCCAGAACUUUUCCGCUGCGGUAAAACCAAGAACGCUUUCUCCAUUCUGAACUUCACUGACCAAGAGCGCGAUGACGCCUACAGGCUCACUGCUUCCGUCAUGCACAUGGGCAACCUCAAGUUCAAGCAGAGGGGCCGAGAGGAGCAGGCCGAACCCGACGGUACUGAGGCUGGUGAUACUCUUGGUGAGGUUUUUGGCGUCGACAGUGCUGAGCUGUACAAGAACCUGUGCAAGCCCAAGAUCAAGGUCGGCGCUGAGUUCGUCACCCAGGGAAGAAACGUUAACCAGGUUAACUACUCCGUUGGUGCUCUGGCAAAGGCCCUGUUCGACCGUCUCUUCAAGUGGAUCGUGAAGAAGUGUAACCAGACCCUCGAGACCGGCAUGAAGCGUGCCAUGUUCAUCGGCGUGCUUGAUAUUGCUGGUUUUGAGAUCUUUGACUACAACGGCUUCGAGCAGAUUUGCAUCAACUUCUGUAAUGAGAAGUUGCAGCAGUUCUUCAACCAUCACAUGUUUGUGCUGGAGCAGGAGGAAUAUAAGUCAGAAGGAAUUAACUGGCAGUUCGUCGACUUCGGUAUGGAUCUGCAAGCCUGUAUUGAGCUCUUCGAGAAGGCCAUGGCUGAUAAGACAAACAAGCAGAUUCAGCAGCAGAUCAAUGAUGUGAACUCCAGGCUGGACGAAGCAAACCGCAAUCUUAACGACUUCGAUGCUCACAAGAAGAAGCUUGCUAUUGAGAACUCCGAUUUGUUGCGUCAACUGGAGGAGAUAGAAGGCCAGAUCUCUCAGCUGAACAAUAUCAAGGUUUCUCUCACGACGCAGUUGGACGAUACCAAGAAGAUCGUCGAGGAUGAGGCAAGGGAACGAAGCUCCCUUCUUGGUAAAUUCCGCAACCUGGAACAUGACCUUGACGGCCUUCGUGAGCAGCUUGAUGAGGAAACUGAAGGUAAAGCUGAUGCCAAUCGCCUGCUGUCCAAGGCUAAUGCUGAAGCUCAUAUGUGGCGCUCCAAGUAUGAGGCUGAAGGUGUGGCUCGUGCCGAAGAGAUUGAGGCCGCCCGCCUGAAGCUUGCCGCUCGCCUCGAGGAAGCUGAAUUGCAGAUUGAACAACUCAAUGUUAAGAAUCUACAGAUGGAAAAGGCCAAGGGGCGCGUUCUGUCCGACAUUGAGGAGAUGCAGCUGCAGGUGGAACGUGCUCAGGGUCUGGCCAUUGCUGCCGAAAAGAACCAGAAGAACUUUGAUCGGGUUGUCAACGAAUGGAAGGUAAAGGUUGACGAUCUUGCCGUGGAACUGGAUGCUUCCCAGAAAGAAUGCCGCCAGUAUUCCACCGAGCACUUCCGCAUCAAGGCCAUGUUCGAGGAAAAUCUUGAGCAUCUGGAUGCUGUUCGUCGCGAGAACAAGAGUCUGGCUGAUGAGAUCAAGGACUUGAUGGAGCAGAUCAGCGAGGGUGGUCGAUCCCUUCACGAGAUAGAGAAGAAUGCAAAGCGUUUCGAAAUUGAGAAGGAGGAGCUUCAGGCUGCUCUCGAGGAGGCCGAGGUGGCCCUUGAACAGGAGGAAAACAAGGUUCUCCGCGGCCAGCUGGAACUUAGCCAAGUCAGACAAGAAAUUGAAAAGCGAAUUCAAGAAAAGGAAGAAGAAUUCGACGCGACCCGAAAGACUCAUCAACGUGCAAUUGACUCCAUGCAAGCUUCUCUUGAGGCUGAGGCUAAGAGUAAGGCUGAAGCUCUCCGUAUGAAGAAGAAAUUGGAGUCUGACAUCAAUGAACUGGAAAUUGCGCUCGACCAGUCUAACAAGGCCAAUGCUGACAUUCAAAAGGCAGUCAAGAAAGCACAACUGGAGCUGAAGGACAUGCAAGCUCGCAUUGAAGAAGAGCAACUUGUUGCCUCAGAAUACCGGGAACAAGCCAGUGCCUCUGAACGCAAGGCUAACGCCGUGAACGGCGAACUCGAAGAAUCACGCACACUCCUGGAGCAGUCCGACCGUGCCCGUCGCCAGGCUGAGUCUGAACUUGCUGACUCCAACGAAUCUUUGAGCCAUCUGUCGGCCCAGCAUGGAUCGUUGUCCAUGGCGAAGAGGAAGCUGGAAGGCGAGAUGCAGACCCUUCAUGCUGACCUGGAUGACAUGCUGAACGAGUCCAAGAACUCUGAAGACAAGUCCAAGAAAGCUAUGGUUGACGCUGCUCGUCUGGCCGAUGAACUCCGCGCUGAACAGGAGCACGCCCAGAACCUGGAAAAGAUACGGAGGGGUCUAGAAGUUUCUGUCAAGGAGCUGCAAGGUCGUCUUGAGGAAUGUGAAGCUAACGCACACAAGACCGGCAAGAAGGCUCUUGCUAAACUGGAAACCCGAAUCCGAGAGCUGGAAUCGCAGUUCGACGACGAAGCGCGCCGUCAUGCUGAUGCACAGAAGAACCUGAGGAAGUGCGAGAGGCGCAUCAAGGAGCUCAGCUUCCAGUCCGACGAGGACAAGAAGAACCACGAGAGGAUGCAGGACCUGGUCGACAAGCUCCAGCAGAAGAUCAAGACCUACAAGCGCCAGAUCGAGGAGGCCGAGGAGAUCGCCGCCCUCAACCUGGCCAAGUAUCGUAAAGCUCAGCAAGAACUGGAAGGAGCUAGAAACUGAAUGUGUCUCCCUUAAAUAAACGAAAAUCAAAGC